GCAACAGCGAUCGCGUCACGUGAUACACCUGACAAUCACAACAGGUGAUUUACCCACUGAGAAUUAUGCCAAUUGUGGAUUUAUCCUGUCCUGUAGCAGAGUGACAAUCGAAUGGAACAAUUUCCUACGUCUGACAGAUAUCAGUCUACACCGUACUCAGGAUAUGGCGGAGAAAGGAACGUCAGUCCACGUCACUGGGAACCAAGGAACUGCCCACAGUGUGUAUGCCAUCGGAAUCCACCAAGGGACACUAAACGUAAACAAUUGCGUGGAUGAAGAAAGGAUCCGUCACUUAAAAGAACAAACAAGGAAAGAUAUUACUAUCUGGAACAGAGGAAUGGUCAGAGUGUCUGCCAUUGAAACCGUCAUAGAGAAGCUUCAAACAAGGCACCGAUGGGUAACUGUUACCGGAAAUGCUGGUGACGGCAAGACAACUCUUGGUUACAUGACGCUGAAGAGUCUGCAGGAUGGCGGGAAGGAAGUGUUCAAGAUUAAUACUCCCGACGACUACUUCGUUGUCUUAAGGAAGACUCCUGACAGUGUUGUUUUCAUUAACGAUGUUUUGGGAGUUUUCGAUUUUGACCAAAGAGCUUUUAGCACUUGGCUUCCUGUGUUUCAAAUCAUUUUAGACCGACAUAACAAGGUAGCUGACGGCGGAAGUUGUCCACGCAUAAUAUUUGUGAGCAGGCUCCAUGUUUUGGAAGCUGCUAGGAAUCAAUUGGGAAAAUAUGGAGAUGUCAUUUUGGAAGAGGAUGCAAUAGUCAAUCCCGAUAAGCUGAAUACAGACAGGGAGAAACUUGACAUCUUAAACUUUCAUCUUUCCAAACAUAAUAUAAGUGACAUUCCGGAAAGUACUAAGAUGCAAAUAUACAGUCAGUGUCCUCAUGGAUUUCCUCAUUGCUGUGAGAUGUAUGUUGAACUGAGAGCUAGUGGACAUGAAAUUGAUAUUGUCAAUUUCUUCGCUUCACCUCUCAAAUUUCUCAAUUACACAACACGUGUUUUGAUUGAUAAACAGGAAUGUUACGAUCAUUUUAAAAUACUUCUGAAAUCAGAUGGCCAACUGGAUAUCUCCAGUAUUUCAGAUGCAACCUUACGAACAGACAUGCAAAACACAGUUUCUCGUUUAUUGGGAAGUUAUCUUAAAAUGAGUGGAAAUGGUGUUGCAUUCUCCCACCCAUCCAUCUAUGAGAGUGUGGCAGUAGCAGUUGGAAACAAAGACCCUCUCUUUGCUGCACAAGAGUUUCCUAUUUCAGUCAUCAUGCAAAAGUGUAAGGUACAUGUGCCACAAGAAGGAGAAAUUGAGAUGUGCAUCUUCUUCAAAGAAUCAUCCUCAGCCAUGGACGCACUUGUUCAGAGGCUGGCUGCAGAAAUACGUCAGGGGAACUAUACCGUGAUACAACAUGAGCUCUGCUGGGAAAGGAAGCUCUGUGAGCAGAUGAUAAACACAAGUGUCUCUAACACAAUGUUUCCUUUUGGUCAGGCAUGGAAUCGUGUCAGUAUCAAUCGGAGAGACAGUACAGGGAGAACCCUGCUGCAUGCAGCUGUUAGAUGUCGCAACUGUAUUGCUGCUAAGAUCCUGCUGGAAAAUGGGGCAAAUGCGAACAUUUCUCCAAAGCAACACGUUUCACCUAGAGGUAUCUUUGGCUGUGUACUCAGAAGCAUCGCCGAUAAAGACCCAUAUGCGCUCUUCAGGUUCCUGACUUCUGGAGAGACUGUACUUCAUGCUGCAUGCAUGAAUCAAGAUGUAGACGUUGAUCUACUUCGUCUGUUGAUUGAUCAUGGUGCAGACGUCAGUAAUGCUAAUGAGGAUGGAGAGACGGCCUUGCACUUCCUGUGUCAGAGAGAAAACGAAGAUGAGGGGGUUUAUCUAGGUGGAUGGAGAGGGGUUAACAAAACUCUGUCAAAUAUCACCAAAAGAGCCUUCAAUAGUGGACUAAGCGACACAGAGACGAAAAUUGAUACAAGGUUCUCCAGGAUAGACAGUUUGGAGACACUGGUGGACUAUUUGUGUGAAAUAAACGGUAUAGAUAAAGCUGAACAGUGUUCUUUUCAGGAAAGGCAACAGGGAGGAGCUGAAAGUAUCCUGGCCUGUUUAGUCCGAAGCAUCUUCAAGCAAGACCCAGAUGCUCUUGCCAGAACCCAAGCAUAUGGACAUACUGUAUUUCAUGCAGCAUGCAUGAAUCUUGAUGAAGACGUUAAUCUUCUACAUCUGCUGAUUGAUCAUGGCACAGACAGGAAAGAAGGCAAAGAUGACUUUGCUUUACUGGGUGGAUGGACUUUCAAUACAACGUCAAAUAGCUUUUCAAGGCCCCCCAGUCGUGAACAAAGGUACACAGAGACAAAAAAUGAUACACGGUUUUCCAGGGCCGUUAGUUGGGAGGCAUUGUUGUACCAAGACCUCAUGGAUGCACGUCAUAAAAGACUGAAUGUAGAAUAUUAUGUCUACCAGGCAGACAGUUAUGAGACACUGGUGGACUAUCUGUGUGAAAAGAAUGGUAUAGAUAAAGAGGAACUAGAAGGUACACGACGUUCUUUCGAGGAAGGACAACAGGGGACAGAGACGGAAGAAAUGAAGGCUAUCACACUGCUGAUCCAAAAAGGGCUGGAUGUUAACAAAGCCGAUAUGUUUGGGCAGACAGCCCUUCACUUAUUGUGUCAGAGAUCUCGUGUAGAUGUCAGAAUAGUUCAUCUGUUGCUCCAAAAUGGCGCUGGUGCCAACACAGCUGACAAAGAAGGAAACACUCCUGUGCACUAUAUCUGUCAGCGGAAGGCAGCAGAUAUCAGUACGUUGUAUCUUCUGACAGAAAGCAGUGUCGAUGGAACGGUGCACGAUAAAUACGGACGUACUGCCUUACAUUAUUUGUGUGAGAGACAGAGAGUCAGACUUGCCAAGAAACCUGAUCUCACGUGACAAUGUUGCACAAGAUAACAAGGGAUGUGUGUUGCAUAAUCUGCGCAUGACGUAUCUCGUGGAGCUGCUGGUGAUCGUGUUUCAGGCAUAUUUGCCUCUUUAUUACAACUUUUGCUUAUUUCCAUAUUUUUCGAUAAAUAACACACUCAUCCCCACCUGAAUAUUAGACAACUGAUCAAAAUGCUUUUUCCAAUACUGAAAUAUAUGUUAUUGAACAAAUGCUCUGUUAUCGUAUCGCAUGGUAACAAUCACUGGAUUUGUACAACAUCGUACAGCUAUAAUACUGCUCAAACAAAUAUAUAGUCAUGAUAUUGUGACAAUUGUACAAUCGUUUCUGCUUUUAGCAGAGAUUUCUUAUGGAUGUGGAAAGGGUUUUGGCACUUCUAUUUAUAAGAAGAUGGGAUAGUAGUUUGAGUGAGUAUGGCUGCAGUUUACGCGGUUUUAUCUAUCAGAAAUACGAAACCCACGAUAUAUCUUCCGCCGACAGCUUGUGGUGCAGGUGCUUUAAUAUGUUUAUUACUUUUUGUGAAACCUGAUGUCAAUUUAUAUUUUUCAAGCAUUCUCAGCCACCCGCCAUAGUCGACCACCACUUCAACAGGAAUAUAUAGCAGGUGUUCCAAGCACAUUUUUCAACAGUACGUCUUAAUAUAUAAUACUCAAUAAAGGUUUUCGUAUCAACCAUC